AUGGAGGGGAUUGUGGAAGCUGGCGGGAAGCAUCAUGAUAAGUUCCUGAAGCUCGUCGAGGCCGGAGGUACUCGGUGGCUCUCUCACAACAACAGUCUGAAGCGCCUCAUACGGGUCUUUGUUAAAGUGGCAAAGCUGUUACAUCAUAUUUCGGAAGAUCGAGACUUCGACGCUGGCGAGAGAAGUCGCGCUUCGGCUCUGUUGGAGAGAAUGCUGUACAAGAAGACCAUCCUCUGUAUUUGUGUCGUAUCUGAUGUCCUGGCUCAGCUGGCAACACUGACCAAUGCAUUUCAAUCUAGGGAGUGGACCCUAGACAGAGCAGUCGACUUGACAACGAGCGUCAUUGGCCAGCUUGAUGAUAUGCUCAAGAACGAGUCUCUUACGGGAUCAUGUGACUCUGCAACCAAGCUACUGGAUGACCUGAGGGUGGACGAGUUCGAGGUCAUUGAGAAGACCAGAAAACUGCGAGGAUGUCGAACUGACGCUACCACUGCUGAGGAGACAGCCGAUGAUCACUUACGUAAGUACAUUGAAGCUCUCGUAGCCGAGCUCCGUCGUCGCUUCAGUGACGACUGCAGAGUUAUUGCUUACUUGGACGUUUUUAAUCACCCUGUUUGGAAAGUUAGGGUACCCUCUGUCGCCGAGAGAUUCGGCUUCGAUGCUGAAACUCUGGUAGCAGAGUCUCAAAACAUCGCUAAACAUAUAGAUCUGAUGCCCAGUCUCCGCGCAGCUGUAACUCCUCCAGCAACCAUCGAGGGAAAGGUGAACUUCAAGCGGAAUUUUUGGUUGGCUUUCUGUGGUGACCACUAUAGCCGCACUAUGUUUCCAGAACAUUGCAAAGUCGCGGCGUUCUUGCUCACUUGUCCCAUAUCAUCGAGUAACGUAGAAAGGGCAUUCAGCUACACCACCAGAAUUGAUAGUAACAUCCGUGCAGCUCUAGCUCCUGAGACGGUGUGCAAAUUGGUGAGAAUCUCUAUGCAAGGCCCAAGUUUUCCAGGCAUAGCACAGCAAACUUGGCCUCCUGAGAAGCGAUCGCUAGAGCAGACCGAUGCUGAGAUCGACCUCAGGGAUUUCAUAAAUGAGGUUUUUGAUAAAUGGUUCCACAGUAGGCGUAGAAUCAACCAAGUUGUUUCCAAGUAG